CUGGCCAUCGACGUGAUGGAGGCUACCGAGGCUGCGCUGCCGCCACCAAUGUCCUUCGCAGCGGUCGCGACGGCUCUCGUCGUGGCCUCAUGCAUCGUUCGACGACUCCUUGCCCACAUGCCUCCCAUCCUCUGUCCACAAGAAUCUUCACAACACGAUGAUUCCGCUCCAUCAUGUCCGCCAUCAGCGGACCCAUUCGCUUCACCGGCGACUGCCCUUGGACCCAUGGAAUGCCCAUCGCUUACGACGUCGGAAAAACUUCCCAUCGAUCGUCGAUUGAGCUAUCGCAAGUACCGCCCUCCACUCACCAUGCAAGUCGUCAGCCGACGACAAACUUCUCACAUUGCUGCCCUGCCCGACGCAUCCUCUCAUGCUACCGACGUCGCCGCUACCGCCGAAUCGACGACCAGCACUUCCUGGACAUCUUGGUUCAUGUCCGUGUGCUGGAGCAUUGCAUGGGAUGCCGUCAACGCCGCCGUUGCCGUCUUCGUGGUCGUGUCCAUCCGAUACUUGUACGGGUCACUCCAUGGCCUCCCGUCCGAAGAAGCGUAUCUCAGUCAUUUGCAUCGGAAGCUCUCUCAUAUCUUCCUCCGUACAUCCCAUUAACACGAACAUGCGAUCGAUCAACCUGUACGGUGUUAAUAUAUAUAUUGUGAACUCAUUUAAAAUAAUAUUGAUUUGGUUCGAAUUCCCGAAUUGCUCC